AUGCAUCUUGCUGGAAACCUUAGUGACCUAUUAAUUGGUCUCUGGCAUGGGACCAUUGACUGCAGUCAGAGUGAUGAUGUGGACGAAUGGGAGUGGGCCAUACUCCAAGUCAACACUCUUCUUUUGGUAAUACCAGAGCUUGAUGAAGCUCCAAAAGGUCUCCCCAAUGGUGCUGUCAACAUCAGAGAUGGAUAUGCCCUACUUCACAAAUGUGAUAGAUCUGUUGCAUAUCCUGUUGGUGACCAUGCAGUAGCCAUUGCAAAUUUUUUGGGUAAUGGGCAAAUAGGCAAGCAUGGUUACUCCUCCCAAAUGGACAGAUCACAUAAUCACAUUGGAGAGAGGCACUUAAACCUCUUGAGAAGACAUGAAUGUCACAUAAUUGAAGUUGUAUAUUUCAUGAGGUUGGCAAACUUAGGUGCAGAUGACGAAUGGCAAUAUACAGAUGUGGUUGUUCUCCAGCUGUACUCACUUCCAGACAAGGAGCUUCUUGAAGUCUUCUCACAAACAGUUGUAUCCUGCAUCCGGCUAGAUGAAUUCACUGUUACCAAUGUCAAAAACAUUGCCAGUGUUGUAGUGAUGAUCCCACACAAGCCUACACUACCAUCAGGAGUUACAGAAGAUCAGUUUUUCAUGCUAGAAAAACCUGGGUUGGAUAUUUUGACACUUGAAGUAUGUGAUAAUGACAAUGAGGAGGACCAGGAGGAUGUAGGUGGUGUAGAUGUUGAGUAG